UCACCGCAAGUACACCUUUUUUUUUUUUUUUCCCCUCACCAUGGGGGCGUUUUGUUUAGUCAUGUGACGUGUCCGGAAGUGGUGGGGAAACUUUUCAACAUUUCAACAACCAAAAUAAAUUUCGUUUAUUUGCGACCUUAAGUGGCGACCAGUCAAGGGUCUAAACGGCCUCUCGUCCCAAGUCAUGUGGGAGCCGUCACCAUUAUGACGAGCGCAAGGAAAAUAAUAAUACAAAACUAGCUGGUUGAUGUCGUUUCUACGGAACCCCUAAAGGGACAUGGCGGGGGGGCGGGGCGGAAUAAACAAAUUAACAAAACCCAUUUUGCUCAUCCUGCUGCUACACUCGUGUGACGAAAGUUUACAUCGAUGCUCACCGCCAGUCUUCUUUUAUUUGGUCGAUGACGCCAUCAGGUUUACAAAAACAAACGUUUGGAGGAAGGAGCGCUGCUGCUUCUGCUGCCAUACACUCGUGUGACGUCAAGCAAUGAAAGUAAAGAUGAAUCUGAUUCUGACUCUGAUUCUGAUUCUAAUUGUGAUUCUGAUUCGAGCCACCAGGUGGCGCUACUUGUCAAAGCUGUUGCAACAUUUGCCGGAUAUGCAGCUUCAGGUCCAUGUACUAGUGCACUCUUUUGUCCUCACUAGGAAGACAUUUCAGCGCACUAGUAGAGCAAUUGGUCUUAGUAACACUUCCGCUACUAGUGUCAGUUUUCAGUUUGCAAUGAAACGUACCGGUUGACUACUGUGAUGCAGUAGUAACACUACUAGGCCCAACGAGUAAAUCAUCUGUCACGCACUAGUAGCCUUCUGAUCAAGGAUAUAGAAUAAAUUCUUUCCAUGAAGCAGUUUGAGCAUUUUCUGGAUAUUCUGGCUAGCCGGCUUAAGCCCCAUGUACUAGUAGACUUUUUGUCCUCACAAGUAAGACAAUUCAGUCCAGUAGUAAAACGAUGAUUUACAUUUGGCCUACUGGUAUGAAAAGUCAGCAUACUGCCACGCCCUAGCAGUAGUCAAGUGCCAUGCACUAGUAGCCUAGUUAUAUGGAAGAAAUGCUUUCCAUGAAUUGUUUCAGCAUUUCUUCCAUGUCCAAGUACGAGUACGCGCUUUGUCCUCACUAGUAAGAUAGUUCAGCACACUAGUGGAAUUACACGGGCGCAGUAGUCAUGUUUUUUUUCACUAUUAGGGUUAGUGACAUGAUAUCAUUUUACCAUUUAACAUCUAGUGCUUCACUGGUAGUGCCCAGAUGUCAAUUAGUGCCCAGUUUGGCCAUAGUUGAACAUUUUGACAUUGUAUUAUAACAUAUUUGUAUCUAGUUCAUUGUAAAAUAGUAAACAUCAAUUGAUAAACUAGUGUUGAUUUGUAUUUUUAUUUUUCCUUGGAAGUGAUUUGUAAAUGUUUGGAAAUGAUCUAAUGCGAUUGUUGUUGUUGUUUGUUUUUUUUCUUUGCGGUGCCGAGCGGACGCAGGACGCCAUCUGUCACCGGGAGUCCGCCUCGCGAGAACCGCGCUAAUAUUAGCAUGCGUGCCCUCAGGGAGGCGGGGCCAUCUGGUGGGCUCUUAAACACGGAGGGGGCGGCUUGACCACAAGUUUGCGGGCUGGACCGUCAAGUUUUUGCAAACACAGGAUUUUGAUUUGGAUCUUUGCGACUUUUGCGUUAAGAUUAUUUUGCAAACUGUAAUUGGAUUUCAUGCUUUCGUUUGACAGGCUUCCCUCGCAAUAUCGCUGUUCGCCUUUUGCAGAUUCAGUGCAUUGCGUUUAAAAAAAAUACAAACUCUGACAAAAAUAAUAUACAAAAAACUGAAUAUGAUACAAUAGAUAUCAAUACAAAAUGACCAAAAACUUGAUAUGAAUCUACUAAUAUUGGAAUGAAAAUGGCAAUUUGCAUUGUAAAGCCACGUUUAUUUAUUUGACGAGAAUUUGAGCAAAAAUUGCCAAUUCACGCAACUUUAUGAAGGGAUUAAUAUGACAAAAUGAAAUAAAAUGAAAUAUAUUUGACCAUAAAUGACCCAAAAACACAAAAAAAAUACAAAAGAAAAUUCACAAAACACAGUUAAUAAGCCUCACAUACUUUAAUAAUUAAAAUAAACUCUGACAGUGUUGACAUACAAAAUAUGAUAAAUGAAUACGAUACAAUAGGUAUGAAUUCAAAAUGGACUAAAUUUGACCAAAAUUGAGAGGAAUCCAUUAAUAUUUCAAUACAAAAUGGACAAAAAAUGGAAUGACCUUAACUAAUAUUUGAAAAAGAAAUGGUAAUUAUUAUUGCAUGACCAAUUAUUUUUUGAUUUGACAUUAAAUUGUGAACAAUAAGAGAUAAUUAGCAUCACACAAUUGGUUGCUUAGACAAAAUCUGACCAAAGCAGCAUAAAAUUGAUGACAAACUGGAUAAAAAGGUCAACAAAAUAACACAAAAAAGACCACAGAACGAGUUGAUGAGCAGCAUACAUUCACCUUUUUGUUUGACGAAAAAGUGGACCAAUGACAAAAUCUGACAAAAAUGGCACAAAUAAUAAUUGAAAAGAAAAACUUUUAGCAUAAAAUGUAAUACAUGAUCUAAAAUGACUUUGAAGGGGCAUAAAGUCCUCAAAAAAGCUGUAUCGAGUUAUGAUUUAGAAUCUAAACUGUAAAUUCUGAGACGCUUAAAAAUUGUGACGUCAUGAUUGACGUGCGUGAGAGCCGCGACAAAGCUCGCCGACCAAUCAGCGUCGUCAGGUUCGCUGGACUUUCCGGAAAGAGCCGAGGUCGUCCGAGGUUUGCCGAAGUCUGCCGAGCGACCAGCAAGCAUCAGCGCCGAGCUCGGUCGCUUUCUUUCUUUCUUUCUUUCUUUCCUCUUCUAAUUCUUCUUGUUCUUCUUUUCUUUCUUUCUUUCUUUCUUUUUCUAAUUCUUCUUCCUGUUCUCGUUGACGGCCAGGCAGCCGGACGGAGCGGAAUCAGCGGACGAACAGAACCGGAAGAGGAGAAACGCGCAAGGAUUUAACGGGACUUUUUUUUUUUUUCCUUCUUCUUUUUUUUGUCAUUGGGAUUUUCCUCGUGAGGACUGAUUUUGUUUUCUGUUUUUUUUUUUUUUGUUUUUUUUUUUUUGUGGAUGUCGUGGUGCGGACCACCUGAAGAAGACCACCUCCACCCACCUCCCCGGGAAGAUGGUGUCUCUCGAUGACGGCGUGAAUUUGUAGCCAACCGGCAGCCUCGUCAGGAGCGUAGAGGAGAGAGAAGAUGGGCAUGCGCCGCAUCUGUCGGCCCGACGCUGGCGCCGUUCCCCUCCUGGCGCUCUUGUUGUCGUCCGCCUCGCUGGUGCUGCCGUCUCACGCCGACAGCGUGCCGAGCUUCGUCAAGUCGCCCGACGACCUGACGGGCAUCUCGGGGGGCGUGGCCUCGUUCGUGUGCCAGGCGCUGGGCGAGCCCAAGCCGCGCAUCACCUGGAUGAAGAAGGGCAAGAAAGUCAGCUCGCAGCGAUUUGAGGUGAUCGAGUUCGACGACGGCUCGGGUUCGGUUUUACGCAUCCAGCCGCUGAGGACGCACCGCGACGAGGCCGUCUACGAAUGCAAUGCCGCCAACAGCCUGGGAGAGAUCAACACCAGCGCCAAACUCACCGUACUGGAAGAGGAGCAGAUCCCUCACGGCUUCCCGAGCAUCGACAUGGGACCUCAGCUGAAAGUGGUGGAGAGGACGCGCACGGCCACCAUGUUGUGCGCCGCCAGUGGAAACCCAGAUCCCGAGAUCUUCUGGCUCAAGGACUUCCUGCCCGUGGACAUCGAAAGCAGCAACGGACGCAUCAAGCAGCUGCGCUCAGGUGGUACACCGAUCAGAGGCGCUCUUCAGAUCGAGAACAGUGAAGAGUCGGACCAGGGGAAGUACGAAUGUGUGGCCGUCAACUCAGCCGGGACCAGAUACUCGGCCCCAGCGAACCUCUACGUUCGAGUUCGCCGGGUGCCGCCACGUUUCUCCAUCCCGCCGUCCCACCACGAGGUGAUGCCCGGGGGCGGCGUCAACCUGACGUGCGUGGCGGUGGGCGCGCCCAUGCCCUACGUCAAGUGGAUGAGCGGCGAGGCCGAGCUGACCCGCGAGGAGGAGAUGCCCAUCGGACGUAACGUGCUGGAGCUGGCCGACAUCCGCCAGUCGGCCAACUACACCUGCGUGGCCAUUUCCUCGCUGGGCGUCAUCCAGACCACCGCGCAGAUCACCGUCAAAGCCCUGCCCAAGCCCCCCACCUCCCUCAUGGUGACCGAGACCACCGCCACCAGCGUCACCCUAACGUGGGACUCGGGCACCCCGGAGCCCGUGUCCUACUACGUGAUCCAGUACCGGGCCAAGGCGUCGGACGACGGCUUCCAGGAGGUGGACGGCGUGGCCACCACCCGCUACAGCAUCGGGGGUCUCAGCCCCUUUUCCCAAUACGACUUCCAGGUAAUGGCGGUCAACAACGUGGGCCGGGGGCCGCCCGGGGCCUCGGUGGACACGCGCACCGGCGAGCGGGCGCCCUCCUCGCCCCCUCUUGGCGUCAAGGCCCGGAUGCUGAGUCCCACCACCGCGCUGGUCCAGUGGGAGCCCCCCGAGGAGGCCAACGGGCAAGUCCGGGGCUACCGGGUCUACUACAGCGCCGACCCACGGGCGGCGCUCGGCGCCUGGAGCGAACACGACGCGGACGACGGCCGGCUGACCACCCUGGCCGGACUCACCCCCGACGUCACCUACGGCCUCAGGGUGCUCGCCUUCACCUCGGUGGGCGACGGACCCCCGUCCGACGUCCUGCUCAUCAAGACGCAGCAAGGAGUUCCUGCUCAGCCGUCCGAUUUGGAGGCCGAGGCCGAGCUGGACUCUCGGAUCGUGCUGACGUGGCUCUGGCCCGUCCGGGACCCGGUCGUCGGCUACGAGCUGCUCUACUGGGAGGCCAACGAGCCCCAGGAGAAGCACCGCGUGACCUUUGAGCCCACCGGAUCGUACGCCGUGGACGGGUUGAAAGCCGACACCGUCUACGCGUUCACCCUGGCCGCCAGGUCCGAGACGGGCUUAGGAGUCUUCACCGAGCCCAUCGAGGGCAGGACCGCCCGAUCCACCCCCUCGGUGCCCCCCCGAGACGUCCGUCUGCUCAGCCUGAGCUCCACCAGCAUCCAAGUGAGUUGGGAGCCGCCGGCCUCUGCCGCCGGACUCCGCGAUGCCGGCGUCGCCGGCUACUCCCUCGCCUACCGCGCGCUGGCCGGGGAGGACGCGCAGCGCCACCAGGUGACGGGCAUCGGCGCCGACGUGCACAGCUUCGUGCUGGAGGGUCUGGAAAAGUGGACGGAAUAUUCCGUGUGGGUGCGAGCGCUCACCGACGUCGGGCCCGGACCGGAGAGUCCUCCGGCCCGCGUCAGGACGCAGGAAGACGUGCCGGGAGCGCCGCCCAGAAAGGUGGAGGCGGACGCCGUCAACUCCACGGCGGUGCGGGUCAGCUGGAAGCCGCCGCUGUCGCUCAAACAGAACGGACAGGUGCGAGGCUACCAGAUCGUCUACUCCAGGAUGGAGAAAGGCGAGCCUCGCGGCCAGCCGCUCAUCGUGGACGUCGCCCGGCCCAACGCUCAGGAAGCCAUUUUGACGGGCCUGCUGCCGGAGACCAGCUACUCGCUGACGGUGGCGGCGUACACCACCAAGGGGGACGGCGCCCACAGCAAGGCCCGGCUGGUCACCACCACGGGCGCAGUACCAGGCAAGCCCACCAUGAUGAUCAGCACUACCAUCGGCAACACGGCGCUGAUCCAAUGGCAGCCGCCCAAGGAGAUGGUGGGCGAGCACGUGGGCUACCGGCUGCAGUACAAGCGGGCCGAGGAGGAGUCCUUUGCCGUCAGAGACUUCCGCAAGACCGACGACCACUUCACCGUCACCGGUCUCCACAAGGGGGCCACCUACAUCUUCAAACUGUGCGCCAAGAACCGGGCGGGCAACGGCGAGGAGUACGUGAAGGAGAUCAGCACCCCAGAGGACGCCCCCGCCAGCUACCCCCUCAACCUCAGCGUGGUGGGCUUGACCGCCACCGCCACCCGGCUGUCCUGGGAGCCGCCCCCGCUGGCCGAGCGCAAUGGGAAGAUCGUCAAGUACGUGGUGGUGUACCGCGACAUCAACAGCCAGAACGAGAGCGCCGACACCACCGAGGAAACGCACGUGAGCCUGAGCGGCCUGCGGCCGGACACCACCUACGACAUCCGUGUGCAGGCCUUCACCGCGAAGGGCGGCGGACCCCUCAGCCCCAGCAUACAGAGCAGGACCAUGUCCACCGCAAUGUCGGUGUUCACCCAAAACUUCGGUGUGAAGGCGGUUACGAAAACAUCCGUGCUGUUGACCUGGGAUGUUCCUGAGACCUUUGAGUCCGAGGUGCCCCUUAAGAUCCUCUAUAACCAGCAGAGCGUGGAGGUGCGCGGCGAACGCAAGAGGAUGCUCAUCACGCAGCUCUCGCCCGACACCGAAUACUCCUUUGUGCUGAUGAGCCGCGGGAACAGCGCCGGCGGCCUCCAGCAGCAGGUCUCCGUCCGGACCCCUCCGGACCUGCUCCCGAACAAACCGUCAGAGUAUCCGCCGGAUGUGGAGGAGGGCGGGAAAGUCACACUGCGGCUGCCUCGGGUUCCGCCUGAAGUCCCAGUCAGGUGGUUCUACAUUGUGGUUGUCCCGGUCACACCGGCGUCCCUGAGGUGGGAGAACCCUGAAGACAUGGACCUCCAAGAGCUCUUGGAUGGCGAGGGCGACGCCAGGAGGAAGAGGAGGCAGAUCGAGAGCGACUUCCUCCGGCCGUACGUGGCGGCCAAGCUGGACUCGCUUCCUGACGUUUUCACGCUGGGCGACGGCCACGCGUACCACGGCUUCCGCAACAAGGCGUUGCCGGGGCAACAGCAAUACCGAUGCUUCGUGCUGGUCGAGCUGAUGAACGGCGAAACCAGGACACUGGCAGCCAGUCCGUUCUCGGAAGCCAUCCUGGUGAAGCUCCACAGCGGGAUGGCACGCCACUCCGAGGACUCCGAGAUGCUUUGGGUGAUGGGACCCGUGCUGGCCGUCAUCCUCAUCGUCAUCAUCGUCAUCGCCAUUCUUCUCUUCAAGAGCAAGCAAGAAAGGAAGCGGACGUGUCCGUCGUCCAAAGACGAGCACAUGGCGGACGUGAAGGACUCACUCCUGGCCCACUCGUCCGACCCCGUGGAGAUGAGGAGGCUCAACUAUCAGACCCAAGGUGGCAGCACAGUCAGCUGUCCAACCACACCAAGAAUGAGGCAACAUCCUCCCAUCGCCACCUGCGACCUGGCCGACCACAUCGAGCGACUCAAGGCCAACGACGGCCUGCGCUUCUCGCAGGAGUACGAGUCCAUCGACCCCGGUCAGCAGUUCACGUGGGAACAUUCCAACAUGGAGAUCAACAAGCCCAAGAAUCGCUAUGCCAAUGUCACCGCCUACGACCACUCCAGAGUCCUCCUCACGCCCGUGGACGGAGUUCUGGGCAGCGACUACAUCAACGGAAACUACGUGGACGGCUACAGGAAGCAGAACGCCUACAUCGCCACGCAGGGACCGCUGCCCGACACGCUCGGAGACUUCUGGAGGCUCGUGUGGGAACAGCGCACCUGCACAGUCGUCAUGAUGACGCGUCUGGAGGAGAAGUCGCGAGUGAAGUGCGAGCAGUACUGGCCCAGUCGUGGUACUGAAACCUACGGCAUGAUCCAGGUGACCGUGUUGGACACUGUGGAGUUGGCCACCUACAGCGUGCGCACAUUCGCACUCUACAAGAAUGGUUCGAGCGAGAGGAGGGAGGUGCGCCAGUUCCAGUUCAUGGCCUGGCCCGACCACGGCGUGCCUGAGUAUCCUACGCCCACGCUGGCCUUCCUGCGCAGGGUCAAAGCCUGCAACCCCCCGGACGCCGGACCCAUGGUGGUCCACUGCAGCGCGGGGGUGGGCCGCACGGGCUGCUUCAUGGUGAUCGAUGCCAUGCUGGAGCGCAUGAAGCACGAGCAUUCGGUGGACGUGUACGGACACGUCACCUGCAUGAGGGCCCAGAGGAACUACAUGGUCCAGACCGAGGACCAGUACGUGUUCAUCCACGAGGCCCUGCUGGAGGCCGCCGUCUGCGGGAACACCGAGGUGGUGGCGCGAAACCUCUACGCGCACAUACACAAGCUCAGCCAAGUGCCGACCGGGGAGACCGUCACCGCCAUGGAACUGGAGUUUAAGAAGUUGGCCAAUUCCAAAGCACAUACCUCACGUUUCAUCAGCGCCAACCUGCCGUGCAACAAGUUCAAGAACCGCCUGGUGAACAUCAUGCCUUUCGAGUCCAGCCGCGUCUGCCUGCAGCCCAUCCGAGGCGUGGAGGGGUCCGACUACAUCAACGCCAGCUUCAUCGACGGAUACAGGCUGCAGAGAGCCUAUAUGGCCACCCAGGGCCCCUUAGCCGAGACCACCGAGGACUUCUGGAGGAUGCUGUGGGAACACAACUCCACCAUCGUCGUCAUGCUCACCAAACUGCGCGAGAUGGGACGGGAAAAGUGCCACCAGUACUGGCCCGCUGAGCGCUCGGCCCGCUACCAGUACUUUGUAGUGGACCCCAUGGCCGAGUACAACAUGCCGCAGUACGUCCUGAGGGAGUUCAAAGUGACUGACGCCAGGGACGGCCAGUCGAGGACCAUCAGGCAGUUCCAGUUCAGCGACUGGCCCGAGCAGGGAGUGCCCAAGAACGGGGAAGGCUUCAUAGACUUCAUCGGACAAGUCCACAAAACCAAGGAGCAGUUCGGCCAGGACGGACCAAUCACUGUGCACUGCAGCGCCGGCGUGGGGCGCAGCGGCGUCUUCAUCACGCUGAGCAUCGUCCUGGAGAGGAUGAGGUACGAGGGCGCGGUCGACGUCUUCAACACGGUCAAGACCCUCAGGACUCAGCGGCCCGCCAUGGUGCAGACCGAGGACCAGUAUCAGCUGUGCUACCGGGCCGCUCUGGAGUACCUGGGAAGCUUUGACCACUAUGCAACAUAACCGCACCCUGAAGACCACCCUUGUGCCAGCCAUGCCCGCUACGCUCCGACCACGAGGAGGUGACCAGUCGGGGGCCUGACUGACUCCCGACUCUCACCGAACCCUCGCCAACCCCUCCCGGAACCCCCAAACACCCGUGGCUCCUUCCUUGAUCUUGUACAAAUGAUUUUAUAUCAAUAUCUAUUAAUCUUUUCAUUUUCGAUAAGCACUGCUGAAGACAUGUCUUUUCCAACAUGCUAUGAUCAUGAUGACUAUUAGUAUUAUUAAUAUUCACCUGCUGCUACUUUGCUUUUCCACCAUAGACAUGAUACUCCAAUGUUAUUUUAUUUUUUAUUGUUUUUGCGGGAGGGGGUGGGGGGUCCAAACUUCUUGACGACGUUUAUUUUUGGGGUGUUCUAACUCCCUAACGACGGAGCACUUCAGACAAACGGUUCAAAUGCAAACUUUAUGGCUCUGAAAAAGCUCAACAGGAAGUGGAGCCACUGCAAGUCUGGGUGCACUUCUUGUUAUACGUGAGCUGUGGUCCAGUAUACAAGGAGUGUACCCUGACAUAUUGGGAUUUUCAAACGAUAUAGUCAUCAAACAGAGGAGAAUAAUGACGUGUCACUCCAAAGAUGAGAAAGUAUCGUUUAUGAGGUUUAGUCAUUUUGGGGGGUGCAAAGUGACCAAAUGACAGUGCUUCAGUCAUCUGUGGAUGAGGGGAGAUGCAUUACGGUCAAUCAAAAAAAUAUAGAUUUUAUGUUGUCUCUUGCAUAUGUGAUCUCUUCUCUAUUUUUAAAUAAAAAAGAUGGAAAUAAAAGGCUUUGGAAACCUUGA